GUAACAAAUAGUAAGUCCCCGUGCCCGAGCCGAUGCCCGUCUCCAAAUAAUCUCUUGACAGCAAUCCACUUGACCUAACAUCUAAGAGUCGCCAGUUCGGGGCCCUGCAAGGCGAUUGAGGUGACAAUACACCUCAACGAAGGCUAAUUGUUAGCGUACUGGCCCUAGCAAUUGCUGCGAGUGAGGGCUGCCCGGUGCCUAUAAAUCGCAGUGCUACGUUGAAUUUGGUACAUGCAGAGGCAGCGACGGUCGGUGGAGUGCCCGCCGUCCGUGCGACUUCCUAGCUCAUCAGCGAUCUGCUGAUUUCGUGUAUAGUGUCGCGCCUCUAGGCGUUUCUAGGCAAUGGUGGUUGUCAGUGGGAGCUGGAUGAAAAACUCGCAGUAUGUCCAUUGCGGCGAAAUGAACGCUGCGCGGGCCGUGUUGAUCAGUCGCCCCAACUCGCACCCGUUCCAGGAGCGCGAUUUGUCGCUUGACCAGCCUGUUAAGGUGGGGCGGUCGGUUGCGAGAGCACGCGCCGCUAACUCAAACGCCAUCUUCGACUGCAAGGUGUUGUCACGACACCAUGCACUGCUUUGGUACGAGAAUGGCAAGUUCUUUCUGCAGGACACAAAGAGCAGCAAUGGUACAUUCGUCAACAACAAUAGACUGUCGACCAACGAGAGCGAACCGCACGAGGUGAGCUCCGGCGACAUCGUGCAGUUCGGCGUCGAUGUUAUGGAGAAUAAUCGGAAGGUAACGCAUGGAUGUAUUGUCGCUACGCUUAAAUUAUACCUGCCUGAUGGAAAAGAGGCCAAAGCCAGCCCCAGCGUUGCCGAAGGUGGCCGACACGGCCUGGUGCCGCUCGACGAACUCUACAAGCUCAAUCAGAUAAUACAGGAGGCCAGCCAGCGCGAAUUGUGUCUCGAGACAAAACUGACCGCCCUGCAACAUGUGGUUGACGCCGCGAGACGCGCCGCCGACGAGCACUGGCAGGCAUACGUCGGUGAAGAGAGACUACUAUCACGCGUGGCGGCGCUUGAGUCACAGCUGACUCAGGCUGGUAAGGGUUUUGGCGAAGAUCGUCUACGCGAUGAACUUAGGCAACUUCAGGAGGAUCGCGGUGCAUACCAGACUGCUGCGAAGGAUGCUCUCAUGAAGGCACACACUGAGCGCUUGGAGGCAAUCGCCGCUGCUGCCGAACAAGAGCGCGCACGUGCCGCCGCUGAAAACGAAGCGUUAUUAGCGCGUGAGCACUGGGAACGCGCGCAGCAGGAACUACAAGAGGUGGCGCACCGCGUCGUGGAGGAACAACGAAAGGCAGACGCCGCAAGCGACCAACACGAACAGCGCAUUAAAGAGCUCCAAGCGCGCUUGGAGGAAUUACAGGUAGGCCGUGAAACAUGCGUAGAGCGGCUUGCUUCCGAGGAGGUCGAUGAGGUGAAUGAGCCGAAUGAUGCAGACGUUGACAACGACGCCGACACCGAGAUUAUGAAGUACGAGCGCAUUCUUAAUGAAGCCAUGCGUACCGACGACGAUAAUACGCGCAACGAAGCAGACUCCGAUGAGGUUACCUUUUCGGACGUGCAGCCUUCCCCGUUGCCCGCAUCUAUAGCCGAAGGCGAUAAUGGCGGUGUGCUAGCAGUGGUAGAAAAUAAAGACGAGCUUGAUACGCAGAAGGAGGCGUCGUCUGAAGAGAGCAGCGCAGCGGAAACUGUCGGACCGCCGGUCGGCGAGGCUGAUACACGCACGCUAAAGUACCAGUACCAGACCGUCUGUGAGCAGAAACGACACAUAGAGCAACUGGAACUCCUGUCGAGCGCCAACAAAACUCGGAUAGCCCUUCUAGAAAAAUCGCUUCUCAAUGAGAAGGAAGAGAAGUCAUAUCUGCUGAGCAAGGUGGAGUUGCUCAAGGAGGAGUGCGCCGCCUUGGAGGAAAAGUACGUUGCUUGUCUCAACGAAUCCAAAGAGCUGCAUGACCGCGUGUUCAGCCUGAAGGCGGAGCAGGUGGAAAGCGCGAAGGUACAGGCCCCACGACCGGACACUGCCGAACACGCUUCCCAGGCGGCAUCCGACGACACAGACACUGUCGAGGAAUGCUCAACGCGCUCAAGGCACGCCGCCAAACUCGCCGAGCAGUUGACUGCUCUCGAAGAUGAAGUGGUCGCGCUGAAGGAACGCUAUGCGUCCGUCACCGAGGAGAAAAUCGCGCUCAAUAAGGAGGUCCUGCGUGCGCAUGACAAGUACAACACGCUGUGCAACCGGUCGCACAACACACUGUUCUUCUACGUGGGGCCACUGGCGCUCAUGGUGCUCUACCUACUCGUCAGCUCGAUGUUCUCCUGAUUCACGGCCAUCUUGUUAGUUUUCUUUUAUUUUUUUCUCGAAUUGUUAUUGAAGAUCAUCAAGGAGACAUAGCGCGGACACCAGUGCCGCCUUGCUCCACUCAAAUCAAAUCGACUCGCGCGCUCCGUACUGAUGACUUAACUCUGCCCCUGCCUUCGCGCCCUCAGGGGUGUUUUUAUAAGCAAUGCAUGAACACACGUCCAUCGAGGCAACCUCUAUUAUUUGUUAUGGUAUACGUAAGAUAUCGUUGCCACGGGCGGAGAGUUCAAGCAAAUAUAAUCGCACUACGCAUACAUGCAAAACAUAAUGAUAGGGAAUUUAGUUAAACAAAUCCAGUAGCACUCGAAAUGCGAGGAAAUCACCUCGACUCAAUUAUUCAUGAGUGAAAUGUAUUCGCGAAUUUAAUUAAGCUUUAAAUCAUUGUGCAGGUCACCUAUGAGGUCGCCGGCAAGCUGCAAAUGUAAAGAGAAUCGAACGCCUUGCUACCCUUGGUUUGUCCGCAACGGCGUGCGUAGAACAGAUUUGUUUUCUUCUGAUUGAUUACGCGCAGAUCAUACAGUGUCUUUCACCUCACCCGUACCGUACGCAUGUUUUAUUCUGGGCGCUAAUUUUAGCUUUUUAAUGUAUCUUAAAUCACUGUCUCCUCCUCUGUCUGUCGAUCUAUGAAUGUAAAUAUUAUUUGUAUGUGGUGUACAUUAUAAAAGUAAUAAAUAAUACAAUUGAA